AUGCCUGCACUUGACUGCUGGGUCAAGUCUGAGAAAACUACUCAUCGCCUUGAGAAGUCAGGUGUUGUGGGGAAAGUCACCGCCAUGACACAAGUGCUCGGAAGAGCAAAGCAAUGGGGGAGGAGAAAGGUCGUCACAACAGCCCUCAUCUACGUCACCGAUGCCUCAGAGCCGCCGUAUUUCGACUCUUCACACUAUUACUAUUACAUUCCGGAAUUUGCUGCCCCUGGCACGUUCGUUGGCAAAGUCAUAGCACGAGAUGACGAUAACGACUUCGACAGCUAUUCUCUAGACGGCGUUGAGCCUCCGAAUAUGUUCACCGUCGACACCCUCCAGGGCAUCAUCAGCGUGGGCCAGACGCCGCUCGGGAAGCAGUGGGUCUACCUGUUCCAGGCCAGGGCGACGGACUACCAGGGUCACGUGACCUCGGUUCCCGUCACCGUUUACAUCAUAGGAGCAUGUCAUCAGUCCUCUGCCCUGUAUUUCGGCUUCGUUGCUAAUCUUUUAAGCUCCAAGUCCUUUGGCGUUCUUGUCCAUCGUAUGAACGACGAAAGCUAUCCUAUUGCGAAAUCCUCUCACACCGUUUGCAGUGAGGGCACAACGUUGCCAACCAGCAAUCCGUCAUAUGCUCGACUGACUUCUGAAAGUAAAGAAGAGAACCGCCACAAGCCCGUGUUUCCGGAGUGCACGGCCUAUGACCAGAUCCACGUGAAGGAGAACAUGACAGCAGGAUCUCCGGUUGUCCUGGUUCUGGCCAAGGACAACGACGUGGGGAAGAACGGCAUCGUGUCUUAUUCUCUCAUCAACGACUUCGGCAGUUUCGCCAUCCACUCCUCGAGCCAGCAGGGCCAGGUCACCACCACGCGGAGACUCGACAGAGACAAAGGAGACAAGGAUUUUCUCCUGACGGUAAUCGCCCGCGACGGAGCCAUAGAAGCGCUCCAGGAUUCCUGUUCCUUCAAGGUGAUUGUGGAGGACGUCAAUGACAACGCGCCCGUCUUCGAUCAGCUGCGGUACGACCAGACCCUGGCCACCGACCACCGCUCAGGCACGACCGUGUUGCGGGUCACGGCCUCCGACCUCGACGCCGGGGAAAACGCCCACGUGACCUAUUCCCUGAAGGCGCACCACCCGCAUGACCUCGACUACUUUUCGAUAGACAGCAGCUCCGGGAUCAUGACGCUGCGGAAGCCCUUGGAUGAUAGCAUGGCCAACAGCAAAACCUUCGAGCUGAGCGUGCAGGCAGAAGACCAAGGACGGCCUUCACUAUCCUCCACAGUGCCGAUCACCAUCACCGUAGUGUCUUCGGGAGAGCUGCCCCCCACGAUCGUCAGCCAGAACCCGCUACACCCGAUAAUACCCGAGAAUACGACGGAAAACACGCCCGUUGUUACUGUGUGCGCCAGGUCGAACUUGGCCGACAGCCCCAACGUGUACUUCACCCUCAUCAACGGCAACACACGAGACACAAACUCCGACGGAACUUUUGCAUUAAGACGGCUGCCCGACUCGAGCUCCGCCUGCAUCGACAGCUCGGGCGUGAGCAUCUUCGUCGCCACCAGGAACCUCGACUACGAGACGGUCGAGUCGUACAACCUCCUCCUCCAAGUCGUGAACGACCAGAACGCCCGCGUGGACAAGCAGCUCCUCGUGGACAUCGUGGACGUGAACGACAACGCUCCUCUCCUGCAGCUCUUCGACGGGUCACUGGUGGAGAACGCGGAAAGGGCGCUCAUCACCACGAUCAAGGCCGUCGAUAAGGACACGUCGCCGCAGUUCAGGCAGCUGAUCUACAAAUUCGACGCGACGGCCACCGAGGACGUGCGGGACAAGUUCGAGCUGAAGCCCAAUGGCGAGCUGUGGACGACGAAGCCACUCGACCGGGAGGAGGUCAAGCAGUACCGCGUUCCGAUCCAGGUCACCGACGGCAUUCCCGAGCACGAGCGCAUGACGACCUACUGGAUUACGGUGCAGGACCUGAACGACGUGGCGCCCGUGUUCGCUCCGUCGGGCGUGUUCGAGGUGGAGCUUCCGGAGAACAGGGAGCUCGGGAAGCCCACGGGCAUCAGGCUGCCCGUCCACGACCCCGAUAUAGUGAACAACAUUACGUACGAAAUUGUCGAAGGGAACGAGGAGCAGAAAUUCCGGAUCGACUCAACCACGGGGGACGUCUUGGUCAACAAGCUGCUCGACUUCGACCAUCCCGUCAUGGACAGGAAUCCUGCCAUUAAGUUCACGAUGCGCGUGCGCGUGAGCGACGGCGCGAACGCCCCGGCGGAGACAGAGAUCACGAUCGCCGUGACGAACGUGAACGACCUGCAGCCGGUGUUCGAGCGAGCCAACUACACCUUCACCGUCACCGAGAACGCCGACUGCAACGUCACCUUCGGGAAGAUACUUGCAGCUCUUUGCAUCAAGGUAAAAAAUCUCCCCAUCCGUUUCCUUACCUCAUUUUCUUCCCCCCACAUAACUUUCCUCCAGGUGUCGGCCAUAGAUCCCGACCUGCCCCACACAGCCAACCAGAACAUCCUGUACUAUCUCUCGCCCGACGAACUCAGAAACUUCACCAUCGGAGCGACGAGCGGGAACCUCACUAUCAAAGGCUGCCUAGACCGUGAAGCCGCCACACGAGGCACUGUGACCUUAUAUCCCCGAGCCAACGACGAGGGAGGUCGAGGCCACGACGCUGACCCCGCCACAGUGCAGAUGAUUAUUCUUGACCUCAACGACAACCACCCAUACAUUAAGAAGCCGGAGCGCAGUUACGCCAUGAUACGAGAAAAUCUGGACCCAAUGAGUGUCGAGCCAAUUAUUAUUCAGCUGGACGAUUUGGACUCGCCUGAAAAUGGGUGUCCGUGUACUUUAGAGUUCCAGGAAGAUGCUCUUCUUACCUACAGGGAAAAAUUUAGCAUCACGCAGCUAGCCGGAUCUGAAUACGAACUUCGGCCGACCACGACACUCGACCGAGAGGAGCAGAAGGUGUACGAGCUGCCCUUCCUCACCACCGACAGCCAGGGCGUGUCCGGAAUUCGCUUCCUCACCCUCGAAGUCGGGGACGAGAACGACUCUCCCAUGACGGACGGAACGAGCAACAUCAAGGUGUAUAACUACCAGGAGGACCAUUUUGUCCUCGUUGACUCUUCACUGGAGUUCUUUAAUUUGUCGAAAGGUCAGUUCUCGUCCAUGGUCAUCGGCGCUGUCCACGUGACUGACCUGGACGACUAUGACCUCGAGGACAAGACCUUCGAGGUUGACCCCAUGACCUCGUCCGACGUCGCUACGCACUUCCAGGUCGACCACGAGACCGGAAAUAUCACGAUGUUGAAAGGCACGCCGUCGGGGAUUCACGUCCUUAGGGUCAAGGUGCAUGACAAUUUCCGAGGAGAGAGAGCGGUUGGCGAAGUUGUGAUUAAUGUUGUGGAUCUAACGCUGGAUGCUGUCAUGCAAUCUGGCUCUCUCAGGAUUGCAAACAUGACGGCUAAUCAGAUGCUGCAACACAAGACGGCCACGGGAGUGAGUCUCUACGAGCGCCUGAAGGAGGAGAUCGCCGGCCUCCACCGCAUCCAGGAGGACCAAGUGGACAUCUUCACGCUGAGGGACGUGGCGGACGGCGUGGACGUGCGCUACAACUGCCACAGCUCCCCCUACUACACGGCCGCCAGACUCGACGCCAUUAUGUUGCAGCGCAGGCACAGGGUGGAGAAAUCCCUCGGCGUCGACAUCCCAAUGAUCGACAUCAACCUGUGCCUGUACGAGGGCCUGUCUCCGUGCGGCGACCGGAGCUGCCAGCACACGAUGCGCCCGAACCUCACGGCCCCGCUCGUCGUCGCCAGCGAGACCUCCACCAUGGUCGGGGUGGACAUCACGGACGACUACACCUGCGACUGCGGUGCUCUGGAGCCUCUUCCUUCGGUGUGCUUUGAGGGCUUCUGUUAUAAUGGAGGAACCUGUUACGUGGUCAACAGGACCCUCACGUGCACCUGUUUGGACGACACCAACUACGGCCCUCGCUGCGAGCUGAUGACGGCGAGGUUCGAGCGCGGCUACGCCUGGUAUGAGCCGCCGAACGUGUGCGAGAAUUCGACUUUUUCCAUGGUGUUCGAGACCAACGACGCCAGCGGGGUCUUGUUCUAUACGGGACCCAUGGUAACGAGUCCUUGGGCAGACUACCCGAGAGAUUUCCUCUACGUGAUCCUCAAUAACUGGGUGUUGGAAGUGUACCUCGAUCUCGGGUCCGGAACACUGAACAUGUCGAUUCCCAUUGAGGAGAACACCGCGAGGUCCUUCGAGUUCGUCCUCUCCUGGGACAAGAUCGAGAUCACACUUGAAGUCCUGGACUGUGGCAUCAACGGGACCCUCGAGGUCUCGGACCCUUGCCGCAAGUCCCUCUUCCUGCCCGGCCCCUACCGCAGCACGAGGCACUUGCUGAACGUCCAGGGCCCGAUGCAGGUCGGGGGCACAGCCUCCGAGGUGCGUUUCGCGAAGCUGUCUGCUUCCUACGGAUGGACUCUCACGCCGCCUUCCGUCCACUCCUUCUCCGGCUGCGUGCUGGAGCUGCGCCACAACGACCGCCUGUACGACCUCAACGCCACGGACUACAGCGAGAAGACUUUCCAGCCAUGCGACGCUCCGAGGACUUCCAGGGUCGUGCUCGGCCAGCAGUCGGUCAUCAUCAUCCUGGCGAGCUUGCUGUGCCUUCUGCUGCUGGUCCUGGUGAUUCUGUGUCUUGCUCGGAGAGGCAGGAAGACCAUUUCCUAUCCUGAUCUGGACCGCGAGAUUGUGAAGGAGACGCUGGGGGGGACGGACAUCGAGGGGUUUGGUGAGAAGGAUGUCACCAACUUCGACUUCAAGUUCCUUCAAGUCACUCCUGAUGGCUAUCUUAUCAAUGACGACGAGGACGGGCGCCUCCCCGACGUGGCCCUCGACGCGAGCCAGAGGCAGACGGCGCCCUUGGCCAAGAUGCCCGAAGGCCUGAGCAUCGGCGACUUCCUCAAGGACAACAUCAAGAAGGUGGACGAGGAGCACCAGGAUGUCGAUGACGUCAGGCACUACAACGCCCAGGGAGAUGAGAUGUCAGCGGCGUCGCUCUCUUCCCUGGCCUCCGGAACGUCGUCCGCCGGCACCUUCGACUACAGGAGCGACUGGGGGCAGCGCUUCGAGAAGCUGGCGGCCAUCUACGGCCAAGGGACGGAGACGGGCGAGGAGGAGGACAGCGAGUUCGAGUUCCCGGACAUCCCUGACCAGCCCAGGAACUACUCGCUGAGAGCUUCCUUCGCUGCCAGCGAGAAGUCGACCAGCUCGAGCCCCGCGUCGGUGGUGGAGAAGAACGUGGGCGUCCUCGCGACCUCGACCUCGACUUCGAUUCCGAACUCCAUCUCGACCUCGCUCGCGGCCUCGGCAGCGACCCUCGCCAACCACUACCCGACGUCGACGCUGGGGAGGGAAGCCAAGGCCGCCAAGGAGGAAGUCAGGGAUCACAACGGGGCUGACGGCAGGGCUACUGACGCCAAGCCUGCUGACGGGAAAGGAGCCGAUGCCAAGACUGACCUGAAGGCGAAGAAGGAGCCGGAGAGGCCGACGCUGAGGACCAACAAGGAGCCCGUGACGAAGAAGAUCGAUUACCAUGAGGCGGUGAAUCCCAUGGUGUCGGCUGUGAACGGCGUCAGCGGUAAAGAAACUUGUAUAGAAGGUAUUACGCUAGAUCCAAGUGGGUGCUCAGUGUUAAAGGACUGCUUACGGAGGCAAGUGGGUGCUGAAGUCUCUGAAUCUUUAUUUAAAGCUCCCCAAAGCCGACAGGCCGGCACUGGGACGGAGAGGAAGGACGGCGGAGGCUGCAUCUUCUUGCGUCGUCUGAGUAGCUCGCAGAUACGUCUUUAUCCUGGUGAGGCUGAUGCUUACCGCCAUGAGGAAGCUGCGACCCACAGAAAACGGGAAGAUGUUGGGAAGCGUCUCACCUACGUGGCUUCGUUGCCAGUUUUUUUCAGAUUUUUACUUUGA